AUGCUGAGAACUGUUUUCCGUGCUGCGCAGCCCAUUGCUUUGAAAACUGCUUUCCAACCUUUGGUUGCUAAGAACGCAUACAUUGGUGCUACCCAGGUUGUAACACCAGCCCGUUUCUACUCUGCUGCUUCUGUGGACAAAAAGGAGAUCACGACGAGAGUGAUCGAUGUUAUCAAGGCGUUUGACAAGACAGCAGCUGCCUCAGAAGUGACGCCACAGACAUACUUUCACAAGGAUUUGGGACUGGACUCUCUUGAUACCGUUGAGUUAUUGGUUGCAAUUGAAGAAGAGUUCGACAUCGAGAUCCCCGAUAAAAUCGCUGACGAGCUGAAGAGCGUCGGUGAAACCGUGGACUACAUUGCUUCCAACCCUGAGGCCAACUGA